GACAUUGCUUAUAUAUUUGCUAACAUGCUUUUGAAACCAAACAAUAGCUUAUUCGAUAGCGUUUCUACCACACCACCAAUUUCGUGUCCAGCCUCGGCUACUGUGGCACCUUCCUUAUCACGAAGAUCUACACAACAGUUACUCCCCGAUAUAGACCACGGUCUUGAAGUUAAUGGCACAAGCAUCGAUGGUCUUUGUGAGUCCAGUGGGUUCUACAAACUAAUACAAGAGUUGAAACAGUUGUUGGGAAAAGACAGGGGACUUACUUCUGAUGAUAUUGAUAUUGAAAAGGUGAAGCAACUCAUGGAGUCUUACAAGUCGGACGAAUUAGACUGGGAAAAGUUUGCUCUUUACGACCCACUGAGGAAUUAUUCUCGAAAUGGGGUAAUCAACAUUAACGGAAAUGCUAAUCUUUUAAUUUUGGUAUGGUCGCCCGAGAAAUCCUCGGCUAUACACGAUCACGCUAAUGCCCACUGUUGUAUGAAGAUACUUGCUGGAGAAUUAGUUGAAUCGUUGUAUGAUAUCCCCGAGGGAGAAACUAAGAUGGAGGUCAAAAAAAUGACUACAUUAGCUCGUGAUGAAGUGGGCUACAUCUCCGACAAGAUUGGGCUACAUCGAAUUACAAACCCAUUGCUGGACAGAGUUAGUGUUUCAUUGCAUUUAUACACACCUCCUUAUGCCGCCAUGUAUGGAUGCUCCAUGUAUGAGUCCAACGGGACGAAACAUCAUGUGGAUAUGUCAAAAUAUUACAGUUGGCAGGGGAAAUUGGUGAAUCCUGGUGAUUCGCUGACUUGUUAGAUAUAUAUAGAUACGGUUAAUGGGUAAAUUUAGUUUUCAUGAUACAAUUUUGUAAAUUCUGUGCCAUUCUUGGAUGUGGGUGGCACCUGUAACCAAUUCAAUUCGUCAUAUUUGGCAGUGCCGUCAAUCACAUGAAAUGCAUACGCAUAUCGUGACUUGUCCGACCUAUUCUUUUCAGAUUUGUGCAAUACUGAAUUAUGUAUAAGAACAAGUGAUCCCGCUUUGCAAGGAACAAGCUUGUACUCACCGUCAUCUGGUUUCUCCUCUCCAUCCACUUUCACAAAUCCACAUCCUUUCCUACCUUGUUCAAUCUUAACAAACCGUUUAGUUAUAUCGUGAGUCAAAUGAGUCGCAGGGCUAUAUGACAAACAUCCAUUCUCGAUUGUGCAAUCCUCCAAGGCAAACCAAAACCCAAUAGCUGAUUGAGGGGUAGUGUACAAAAAAGUAGCAUCGGUGUGGGGAGGAACGGCAUUGUCUCGUUCACUUUCCUCUUGACUUGUUGGCUGUUUGAAAAUCAACAUGCUUUGUAAAACCUUCGGAUCAACAUAUUGCAAACUUCUGGCAAUGUCCUUGACUCGCUGGUCAAAUGUGACAUCAUGAAAUACCGCAUCAUGAAUAUGCAAUCCGUGACCUAUUUUAUUGAUGGCUUUAUCCAAGGGAAACUUUAAAUUUCCAGAAUCGUCAAACGCAUCAGUAUCAAAGAAAAACGAGAUCUUGUCGGAGGAAUCAAAAAAGUAUGCAUCACCUAUAUGGUCGUUGUCAUCAGUUUUGAAUUGGGUUCGUGGAUGUUUGGAUAAAUCGCAUUGAGCAAGUAAUUCCUUGGCAUGGCUCACAAGCUGGGUUGUUUGAUCUGGUGUGAGAAAAUCGGGGAUACAUAGGAGACCUUCUCUUUGGAAUGUUUCUAGUUGGUCAGUGGUUAAUCCUGGCAUGGCGG